AUGCAUAUAUACGCGUGGCUGUGUGCGGAUGAUGGCGACCACGCGCGUAAGUGGUUGGUUGAUUUGUUGUUUUUGGCGGUUUCUUUCGCGCCACUUCGUGCGUUAAUCUGUUUUGCUUGGUCUAUUUCUAUUCGCAUUGAUUUCUUUGUGGCCAAAAAAGCAGACAAAAAAAUUUGCGUAAGACAUGAUGAAUUCUUCUUCUUCUUCUUCUUCUUCUUCUUCUUCUUCUUCUUCUUCUUUUCUUCUUCUUCUUCUUCUUCUUCUUCUUUUCAUCGCCUCUUCCUUCUUCUUCUUCUUAUUCUCCUUCUUCUUCUCAUCUUCUUCUCCUAUUCCUCCUUCUUUUUCUCAUCUCCUCCUCCUCUUCCUUCUUCUUCUUCUCAUCUCCUCCUCCUCUUCCCUCCUCUUCUUCUCAUCUCCUCCUCCUCUUCCUUCUUCUUCUUCUCAUCUCCUCCUCCUCUUCCUUCUUCUUAUUCUCAUCUCCCCCUCUUCUUCCUUCUUCUUCUUCUCAUCUCCUCCUCCUCUUCCUUCUUCUUCUUCUCAUCUCCUCCUCCUCUUCCUUCUUCUUCUUCUUCUCAUCUCUUCCUCCUCUUCCUUCUUCUUCUUCUCAUCUCCUCCUCCUCUUCCUUCUUCUUCUUCUUCUCAUCUCCCCCUCUUCUUCCUUCUUCUUCUUCUCAUCUCCUCCUCCUCUUCCUUCUUCUUCUUCUCAUCUCCUCCUCCUCUUCCUUCUUCUUCUCAUCUCCUCCUCCUCAAAAUUUCCUCACCCAUUCACACAAGUUCGUCGGGUAG